CAUUACGGCGUGGUUCUCAACUGCUCUAUUGGCGCGUAUCCGAAUAAAACCAUAUAUUCACUUGGUGAUAUUCAGAAGGGCCAAUUUGAAGGCGAUGGGGACAUUGCGGGCAUAGGAAUCUUCGGCACCUUCAUCGCCGUCACGAGCUUCGCCCUACUUCUCUCCCUCGCCCAUUGCGGCGACGGCUGCUUUUUGGUCGACAGGACCACUGGACCUGCUGACCCCACCGAGAACGAGACCAACAACGAGAAGAUCAAGCCUGGCGUGUCGGAGAUCUUUCAGGCCAUGGUACUCUCUUGUAGCGACGCCCAGAUCUUCACCGGCGCCGCUUACGCCUUGACUUUGCGAUACUUUCGUGGCUGUACCAUCACGGCCUACCACUACAACGUCGUAGCCAACCUGAUGCUCCUCACCUGUGCUACCCAUCUAAUGGCCAUCACCAUUGUUCGCAACUAUUGGGAGUACGUCUGGCUUGCCCUCCUCCGUGUCGUCUGCAAGACUGGCGUCUUCCUCGUUACCGGCCUGCUUCUCUCCAACCAGAACGCCGAUUUAGAGAACACCUUUCCGACAAAGAUCCCUCCAAGAGACGAUACAACAACACCUCUGUUUCUCGCCGCCGCUUGUUUUCAGUCCAACGAGACUGAGCUGGGGAAAACAAUUUGGAACUCUGUCCAAGGUGACAACGCUAAGAAUGCCUUCGUAUUCAGCACCCCAGGAAACCGUAUCGAGGGAUGGAACAAAUUCCUCAUCAUCCUGUUUUGGUAUAUUGUCGCUGUGGCUAUGGAAAUCGCCAUGUAUAUCCGCAAAGGAAACCGUCGUGAUGGCUUCCGCCGGAAGAUGGUUCGGGCAUUUUGGCAUGUCAUGGUCAAGCUCACUAGACGCACUCAACGAACUAUUCGUCACCUCAAGCUGAUCGGCCAUUAUGUCCUGAGUCUCUAUUACCUAUUUGGUAUUGGAAUCUGCAUGUGGACUGUUGUCGGGGCAAGCAGCUAUGUAGGCAAUCUGAAGCAAUGGGUGCAAGACUCUGGAUGGCUGAAUACUGACGAGUACGGGCUUAACCCUGAGAAUGAUGCGACUUCGUUUGGCCAACUCGUUCCUAUCUUUACAUCUGGCCUGGUGCUUUUCACCCUCCUGGAGAUGAUUAGCGGUAAGUCAUUGCCACCCUAUCAUAUAUGUCCGCCGAGAUCUUCAGACUAA